GGCACUUACUGCAUUCGAUUCGCAGUCAACCUAGCAGACGGAUCAUCGUCGCCCACGCAGUCAAAUGUCAGUGUUCUCUAGUCUGUUAAAAGUGUAAACAGUGUUAUAAAUAUGACUUCAGCCACUACAAAUCGUGCAAGUGAUAUGUGGAACAAUAGUGCCCCUGUUAAUAGUCAAACUGCGAGACAAAUGCCUUACGGUUAUCAGUAUCCAGUGAAUCCAAACUUUUAUAACUACCACAGCAACUUUUAUCCACAAAACAGUGAUUAUUCAAGUGAAUAUUACAAUAACAGAUCUCUAGGAUCCAGUGCUAGUAAUAAAAUUGUGAAAACUGAACCUGGGAAUUGGCCAAACUAUCCUUGCUACUCAGACGGUGAGCAAAAAAAUAUGGAUAUGGUAAAUAAAUGGCGAGAAAUGCAUGCUUACACUCAACAACAUUACGAUAAUUAUAGCUAUGAACAAGGUAUUCAAACAAUAACAAACGGAUCCGGGUCAGAUGUCAAAGGAGAGGAUGUGAGAUCUAUUAAUUCACCUAGCCAAUGUAGCAUACCAGAUACAAACUAUGGAUCCCCUCAAAGUGCUUCAAGUGCUGUCAAAUCUCCGGAGGAAGAUGACUCUCCUAAUUUAAGAGCUCUCUUAACUAAAGCAAAUAUGAAAAGACUGCAAUAUGAUAAAUCCUACACACAAGAAGUGAUGCAACGCAUGACGUAUCGUGCUAAUGAAACGGAAGAUUGGAUAAAAACUAAUGGCACUGCGGUUGAGACUGAAAGCAAUUUAUUGCAAUUUCAUGGCGAAUAUGAAAGCGGCUUGGAUGGACACACGAAAACUAAGGAUCAGCACAGUAUGGGUGGGGCGCCGAAUGCAAGCGAAGGCGCUAAGUCAUCGGAUGCAUCUGAGAACUGUCAGGCAAUGACGAGGGUCGAUGCAGUCGGGGACAAUGAGGAUUAUGCCGACAACAAAAUGGCCGCUGUACCAGAAGUACAAGGAUUUUAUCCGUGGAUGAAAAACGUUGGUGGUGAAGACAAAAAGGAAGGAUCAAAAAGAACUCGACAAACGUACACGAGAUAUCAGACACUUGAAUUAGAAAAGGAGUUCCAUUUCAACAAGUAUCUAUCAAGACGGCGUAGAAUAGAGGUAUCUCAUGCACUUGGACUAACUGAGAGGCAAAUCAAAAUAUGGUUUCAAAAUCGAAGAAUGAAAGCAAAAAAGGAUGGGAAACUUUCAACAUCCCCUGACCCAUAUGGAACUGAAGAUUUAACAGCAACCAAAGUAUCUAACAUUCCUGAUUUUAUAGAUUUCAAGCAACAAAUGCCUAAGCCUGGAUUUGCAGAGUAUCCAAGCCCUAAUUAUCAUCUGCAUAACGGUCCUUUAGCAAAUAUGGCUCAUUUGACAGGAAAUUUAAACCAAAAUUGCGUAAUGCCUUCAUAUGGUGGUAUGAUGCCAAAAAUGUGACCACACAAAUGUACUUAACCAGCUGGUCAAUUGUCGUACCUUCUCCUAAUAUGUUAGGAGUCAGUUCGACAAUACCCAAUCCCUGAAAUUAGUCUAAAAACUGAGUGAGGUCUCUUUGACUACUUUGAGGGAAACGGGAUAUUGGGCGUACUAAAGAUAGUUGACUAUGACAGACGUACAGACAGAGACGCGAGUGAUCCUGUUCCGUUUUUAUUCUCGGACGUUCGGAACCAAGAAAGAUAAUUAUGGCAAAUAUUCUUAGCAACUAUUUAACUAAAGAUGUAUAGGUAACCAUAAUAACCUGUACUUACCUAUACAUCUUGUAUAGUUUUAGUUGUUGACCUGUAACUUGUAAAUAUCUAAACUUUACAGUUUGUUAUUAUUUUAUAGAAUAUCUAAUACAUAUUUAGAACAAGCUCACAAUCAAAGGUAAUAUUUACAUGUAAAAUAAUGGCUUACAUAUCUAUCUUAAAAAAAGAGUAAAUAUUUAUCUCAUACUUUAAACAUUGAUUUUAUUGUAAUGUGUAAUAGUAUUGUACUGUAGUUUUAAUAGAUAAGUAGAAUAAAAGUAAAUUGUUAACAUACUUCAAAUUGAUCAUAACAAUAUAUAGAUUACUAGAAAACAUGUAGAUAAUGCUUUAAUACUAGUAAGUAUAGUAAAGUAAAUUAUGUAAAUAAUAGUGUAUAGACAUACACUUCCAGUUCCUAUAGUUUAUAGUUAGACAAUAAUAUUAUUAGACAGAGAACUUUUAUAAUUUGUCUUAUAGCCUGUUUAGUCUGGCAACUUUUCUUUAUUCUCCUAACGUAUGUGUUCUUUAAAUACAUUUCGCAGUGUAGACGCCGCGACAAGCAUUGUGCGUUGCGAUUGUCGUGAUGUCUACGUUGUGUUUGCAAUAUUAUGCAUGUGAACGGAUGUAUAAUAAACUAGUGUGAAGGUGAUUUUAUAAUAAACCUAAUUACUACAUGCUAUGAUUUUAUAAUAUUAUCAACUAUGUUUGAUUUCUUGAUUAUUAUGGUUGAUUAUUUAUUUUUGUACUUCUCUAGUCAAUUAUAAAGGCGCUAAUAAAUGAGAGGGAGAUUUGGAUUAA